AUGCGUGUGGCACGGCUGUUUCUCCUGGCCUCGCUGCCUCUGGCGGAGGGAGGUCGCGCCGCCAGGCAGGACGCCUUGCAGGCUGCGGAGGGCGACCUCCGAACCGGCAAGGAGGAGGAGGCUGACGGCUGGCCAUGGAGCAGCCCAAGCCCAAGCCCGCCGCCACGUCCCCCACCCGCGCCGAAGCCCCCUGCUGGAGCUGGGUGCGAGGCUUACCGGAUGAACGAUGCAACCAAGAGGAACCUCAACAGAGCGCUUUCGGACUGGGCCCAUGCGUACAGUAAUCCAGCCGACAUCGAGCUGCAAGAAGCUACAGAGAAGCACGACAUGAUGAAGUUUUGUGCCCUGCUCCAUCACUCCGGCGAGCUCAACGAUGUACCGGUACAAAACCAUCUUCGUGACCGUGACAAAAAGCAUUUGCCAAAGAAGCCAAAUAUGGCCAGCCGGAGUUCUCUUGACUGUUCCCCAUGUAUUGGGCGCACGCCGCUGCUGGUGGCAGCGGAGAAAGGCUACGUUGAGAUGGUGAAAGAACUCUUGGCCGCCCGUGCGCCUGAUUUAGCGGACAACUAUGGCCGAACACUGCUGAUCUUGGCAGCAAGCAAAGGUCAGUCGAAGGUGAUUAAGCCACUUCUUGAUCACGGUGCGAAUGUGGACGCGCAAGACUACGACGGUAUGACAGUGUUGCACUAUUGCUACCAAAUUGGGAUCAGAACAGCAGAGCUGGUCUUGAAGAAGAAUCCAGACUUGGCACUGAAGAACCGCAAAGGCGAGACGGCUGAAAAGUGGAACGAGGAGGGUGACGGAAGAAGAGACUGCUACGGGCCAAUCCAUCGACAGAGGAAGAGACGCUGA